UCCUAAAUGCUGUACACUUUAGCUGGAGGGGGCACGCUCUGCGGCGUCGCUGCCCUUGUGCUCCUUAUCGUCUCCACUGCAACGGACUUCUGGAUGCAGUACCGUUACUCAGGCAGCUCAGCCAAUCAGGGGCUCUGGAGGUUCUGCAUCAAUCACAAGUGCCAUGCCCACACCAUCACUGUAGCCUUCUGGGAUGCCACGCGAGCCUUCAUGUUAUUGGCAGUGCUCAGCUGCUUUGCAGGCGUGGUGCUUGGCUUGAGUGCCUUUGCCAAUGGUACCAAGAACAGGAGGGUCCGCACUGGGGGCAUCGCCCUUGUCCUUUCAGGUUUCCUGGCUCUGCUAGCAUUGGCCAUUUACACCGGAGUGACAGUCACCUUCUUUGGGAAACGCUUUCUGGACUGGCGAUUUUCCUGGUCCUAUAUCAUAGGCUGGGUGGCCAUCAUCUUGGCCUUUGCUGCAGGUGUGUUUCAGCUCUGUGCUUACCAGAAGACUGUGACAGAACCUGCCCCUCCAAACAUCCCCGACAGCUGA